AUGGUAAGCGAACCCGAAUUCCAGCAGGCGUACUAUGAAAUAGUUUCUUCUGUGAAGGAUUCUACAUUAUUUGAAAAGUUCCCACAGUAUGAGAAAGUGCUUCCCGUUGUUUCUGUUCCGGAAAGAAUUAUUCAAUUCAGAGUUACCUGGGAGAACGACAAAGGCGAACAAGAAGUGGCACAGGGAUACAGAGUGCAAUUCAACUCGGCUAAGGGGCCGUACAAGGGUGGGCUGCGUUUCCAUCCAUCGGUGAAUCUGUCGAUACUGAAAUUUCUAGGGUUUGAACAAAUCUUCAAGAACGCCCUCACUGGGUUGGACAUGGGCGGCGGUAAAGGUGGCCUGUGUGUAGACCUGAAGGGCAAGUCCGACAACGAGAUCAGAAGAAUAUGCUAUGCAUUCAUGAGGGAACUGAGCAAGCACAUCGGCAAGGAUACGGAUGUCCCCGCUGGCGACAUCGGAGUGGGCGGGCGUGAAAUAGGCUACCUGUUUGGCGCUUACAGAUCGUACAAGAACUCCUGGGAGGGUGUUUUGACCGGAAAAGGUCUAAACUGGGGUGGUUCUUUGAUCAGGCCCGAAGCCACUGGUUACGGCUUGGUCUAUUACACUCAAGCCAUGAUCGACUAUGCCACCAACGGCAAGGAGUCGUUCGAGGGCAAGCGUGUGACUAUCUCUGGCAGCGGCAACGUAGCACAAUAUGCGGCCUUGAAAGUCAUCGAGCUGGGAGGCGUCGUGGUUUCGUUGUCCGACUCGCAGGGCUGCAUCGUCUCGGAGACAGGUAUCACUUUGGAGCAGAUCAACGACAUCGCCGCCGCCAAGAUCCACUUCAAGUCGCUGAAGGAGAUCGUAGGCGAGUACGCUACCUUCGGCGAGAACAAGGUCAAGUACAUUGCUGGGGCACGUCCUUGGACGCAUGUGAGCGACGUGGACAUCGCGUUGCCUUGUGCCACGCAAAACGAGGUUAGCGGCGACGAGGCCAAGUCGCUGGUGGCCUCUGGCGUGAAGUUCGUGGCCGAAGGCGCCAACAUGGGCUCCACGCCCGAGGCCAUCUCUGUCUUCGAAACCGCACGCUCCACCGCAGCCACUGCCGGCGACGCAGUCUGGUUUGGACCACCAAAGGCUGCCAACCUUGGUGGUGUCGCAGUGUCCGGCCUCGAGAUGGCACAGAACUCCCAGAAAGUGACCUGGACCAGUGAGCGCGUCGACCAGGAGUUGAAGAAGAUCAUGAUCAACUGCUUCAACGACUGCAUCCAAGCCGCACAAGAGUACGCAACGGAAAAGAACACUAAGAUCUUGCCGUCACUGGUCAAGGGUGCCAACAUUGCCAGCUUCGUCAUGGUGGCGGACGCCAUGCUCGACCAGGGAGACGUGUUCUAA